AAAAUAAUUUUAUUUUACAAUUAAUUUAGAUUUAUUAAUAUUAUUAAUUAAAGUGUGACUUAAAUUAAUGAUACAUUUUUUGAUUUAAAUGAACAUAUUUUAGAUGUUUUAAAGCAAAAGUCGAUUAAAAUGUUAAAAUGUGGUCAUUUAGAUUGGACUGCUCUGAACCCGUCUGCGCCCGCAUUCAUACCUCGUUCACAUCAAUCCAACGCCGAAGACAUGCCUCGCGAAAGGCUCACCACUGAUGACGGGUUGGGGAACGAGAGGUCCGACGCCUCCACUUGUGGUGCCGUCGGAAACAAAGUGACCAAAAGAACCGGAAAUAAGAAUAAAUGGAAACCCGUUUCCGGAAAACCCUCUGUUCUAACACUGGAACAGAUAAUUACAGAGAAACUCAAAAUCGAUACAAAGAGUCACAAAGAGAAUCAGAAGACGGUAUCAAACCAUUCAAAGAAAGCGCAAACAUAUGAAUCGCCCCAUAAUUUACUC